AUGGUGUCUUUCCAAUCCCCAGAAACAUUUCUGGAAUUUCUCAAGCUUCCAACGAUAACCAUCAAGGCACUCAUCGUCUCUCCAGACACAUCGUUCAAGAGUUUGGAACGCAUCCCGUCUCGGCCAGAGAUCUAUCAACCGUUUAUGCAAGAAGUAUUCUGUUCUCACUUGCCAAAGAAUUUGCAAGAGCUGGCCUCCUUCUCGGCAUCACCCCAUAUUGCCAACUUGCUGGCGAUCGUCGUACUAUUACGAGGACGGUGCGGACUCUCUCGGUGCACCACCUAUUAUUUGGUGGGGAUAGCAGUGAGCGACUUUCUUGUCAUCAUCACUGGGUGCAUCCUCAAUCGAAUCGGCGGCAUUUAUUUCCGGCACAGUGCCCUGUCUACGACAAACGCCUGUGCACUCAGCACUGUGAUGAUCUAUGCCAGCCGAGAUGGAUCAGUCUGGCUGACAGUGGCCUUCACCAUCGACCGAUUUGUCGCCAUUUGCUGCCAAAGUCUGAAGACCAAGUACUGCACUGAGAAAACGGCCUCAUUGUUCAUCGGAGUGGUUUGUGUCCUGAGCUGCGUCAAGAACCUGCCUUCCUACUUCGUCUACCAGCCUUUGUACAUUGUGGAUGGUGUGUCCUGGUUCUGUGAAUUCAGAGACGCAUACUAUAAUUCACCUGCAUGGAAAUCUUAUGACUGGCUGAAUCACAUCUUGACGCCUGUUCUCCCGUUGCUUCUUGUUCUGCUGCUGAAUGCUUUGACUGUCAGAUGCAUCUUGGUGGCCAACAGUGCCCGAAGGAAGCUCCGGAACACAGGGAGACACGGAGAUUCAGAGAUGGCCAAUCGCAAGAGGUCUAUUGUACUGCUCUUCACUAUCUCGCUGAGCUUCCUCCUCCUAUGGGUCACCUAUUUCGGGCGCUUCCUCUAUGUGCGGGUUACUGGUGAAACCUACUUCAGCGGCUUGGAUUUCACUGACCCACAGUUCACUCUCCAAGAGACGACCAACAUGCUGCAGAUACUCAGUUCCUGCAACAACGUCUUCAUUUAUGCAGUAUCCCAGAAGACGUUCCGAGACGAGCUGAAGAAGGUUCUGUUGUCUCCCUUCACAUCUCUCACUCGGUGCAAAUAA